AUGGGAUGGGGAGGAAAGGAGAGAGGUGUAUCCAAAUCCCCCAAUUCAUUUUCAACUAUGAACCGACGCGAGAAGAGUCGUCAUGAGCUGGCGUUGUUGGCGUCCACAGGCGUCUAUCACACCUACGAUCAAUGGACUCGCUCGCUGAUCCCAUUCGUUCAGUGGAACCUUCAGCCGAAUGUCGGAAUCGACAACUUUAUAUGGCUUACGGCGAUCUCAACAAGUUUUACGUUGAUCGGAACGUUUUUUGUGGCCAGAAUGAUCGAGGUUAUGGGUCUUCGCAACUCGGCAAUGAUCUCCUCAGCCUUCGUCAUCCUCUAUCAAUUCCUGGUCUGCCAAUUCUCCAACCUCUACGUCUACAUCUUCCUCCAAUCCCUUCUCCUCUUCAACAACAUGCAAAUGAUUAUCGACGCGGCGAUUCUGAAUCUAGAAAGCGAGGAUGGCGACUAUAAGAAGAGAACCCGUCUGAUCACUCGGAUCAUGAUCCCACAGAGUAUUGGUUACGCUCUGGGACCUUAUUGUGCCCUUCAGAUGAUUUUCUUUGUGACACCAUCGUUGGAGAUCAGUCAAGCUCUCUGUGGAUUCCUAGCAGUGUUCACACUGCUUCCAGUGAUUUGGAACUAUUUUCCGGAUAAUCCAAAUACUAACCUCUCCCUAACUCCUAAUUUCUCCAGCUACUUUGAAGUGCUCAAAAGCGACAAUGUCAAACUCUACGCCCUUCUCCUUAUGAUGGUCACCGGACCCUACACCGCCUAUGAUUCCCUGGUGAGGAACUCAAUGGCAUCCAGUGCUAUCCGAGAUCCCAACCACAUGCACAACUUGUUCCUGACGCUGGGUCUCACCACGAUUCUAGUGAAUACUGUGCUGCUGCCAAAGUUGCAGAGUACGAUUUCUACAAAGGCGUUGUUGUCUGGAUCGUUCUCGGUGCUUGGAGCGAGUUACUUGUAUUUGGCAGUGUUUCAUGAUCUGAUUCAUCUGUUCAUCGGGAUGCCGGUUCAGGUGGCCGCCGCGACGAUCUGCAUCGGCGAACUCUCCUCCCAACUGAUGGGUGCCAUUGGCAAACGGAAGGCCGGCACCGCCGCUUCGGUUCUUCGGAUGAGUCAACUGGCGGCGACGCUGUUGGUUCCGUUCGUUCACGGAACUCUGACCGCCCAUCACGACGUCGUUUCGUUGUGUCUGAUGAGUGCGGUGUUGUCGGGUGCGGCUGUGGGAAUGAUUCGAAAGUUCGGCAGUUCCAUGGUUUUUAGCUCCGAGUACUUGCCCGGCUUUUCUGGGAAGUAUGAGUGA